UCGGGUUUUAUUCUGAACUUUUGUGCGGCGAUGAGAGAUGACCUCAUUAUUCACGGACAGUGUUGUCAGUCUUCAAAUGCGGCUAGCAGUUGCGAUUCAGUUUGGACCUUUUUGAUAUAUUAGUUAUAUUUUAACCACUACGUCUGAAAAUGGCUGAUUAUUGGAAGUCACAACCACGGAAGUUCUGUCAGUACUGCAAGUGCUGGAUUGCGGACAACAAGCCUAGCAUUGAAUUCCAUGAAAGAGGGAAGAAUCACAAAGAAAAUGUGGCUGCCAAAAUUACAGAGAUUAAAAAGAAGAGCAUUGAAAAGGCAAAGCAAGAGGAGCGUAUGUCAAAACAGUUUGCAGCAAUGGAAGAGGCUGCACAGAAAGCAUAUGAGGAAGAUUUGAAGAGAAUGCAUGCAGAAGCCGUUGGAAUUUCUUUACCAGUUAAAACAACAGCACGGCCUCAGCCUCGGCCUCUGAUAAAACAGCAACCCAAAAAGAAACCGCAGAAGAAGGAUAAGAGAGCAAGCAAGAGGUUUACACACCAAAACAAAAUGGAUCUUUGGGUAGAAGGACAGGCAGACGAUGGAAGCACAUACUACUACAACACCAUAACUGGAGAAUCUCAAUGGGAGAAACCACCAAAUUUCCAAGGAGACAGCAUGACCUCUGUGGAGACUGUACAAGCAGAGAGCUCUUCGGGAUGUACCUGGAUGGAAGCUGUCAGCCCUGAUGGCUACACAUAUUACUAUAACACAAAGUCGGGGGAGUCAAGCUGGGAAAAGCCAGCAGACUUUCCCCUUAGUGAGGAAUCUGCAUCUGGGUCCAGCAAAGAAGCGGAAAAUCAAGAAGAGCCUUCAACCCCUCAACCAGAACCCCUCUCAGGAGGAGAAUCCAGCUCCAGUAUAACCCCGGAAGCUCAAGAGGCUGAAGUCCCUGAACAAGACAAUCAGCAGCCAAAAGUACCAAAGAUCAGCUUCAGGAAAAGAAAAGCAGAGACUGAGCUCUCAGAGAAUGAGGGACAAGAUAAAGCCAGUGAUGAUACUCCUAAAGAGGAUGCUGAAGAAAAGAAAAUAGAGGAAGAGGUUCCAAGCACUGCAGCUGAACCUGAGAAAAGAGAGGAAAAAGCAGUACCAGUGCAGCCACAGGGCAAAAGGCGAAAAUCUGCCAAUCCAUAUGGGGUCUGGGAAAAGAUUAAGCAAGAGGACGAUCCAUAUGCAAAUGUAGACCUACAAUUGCCCCAGGUGGAAGGAAGCACAACCACUGCCCCAGCCGACCUGCCGCCAGAGCCCAAACCAAAGUUCAAGGAACGCAUCAUCACAUCCCUUGGAGGGGAAAGUGGACCCACAUCCUUCAGGAAGAACAAGACCCAGAAUGGCAAAUCCAGGAGCCUGCGACAGAGAGACAAUGACGACUGAAUCCAAAACAUACCAACUUCAAGCCACAAUGCAGAAUGAGACUUUUACACAAAUACACACACGCUCUCUACGAACAUUUUGACAUUAACAUGUACAAUUUUGAUGUUUAAAGUGACUUCAUUUUUUGUUUGACUUUUGAUGAAUAACUUUGUUUUUGUAUUAAUAUUUUAGGACACAUUUGCCAGAGAAAUAUUAAGGUGAAGGAAAAAAAUUCAUUGAACAAAUUAUAAUUCCAAAUACAUGUCUACACAUGUUUUCAUUCUAAGAUUUGUCAUAAAGAAAAAUGUGCAACACUUGUGUUUCAGGUACUUACAGCUAAGUAACAAAUUAAAAUUCAGCCUCGCUGAGGAAAACAUCCAUUGUAAAUACUGGGGGGCUUCAGCUGGCACGUAUUUACAGGGUGUGACGUGCUUUUAGUGAACGAGUGUAUGAAGCUGAUAGUUGGUUUCACCGCACCCUGACUGGCAGAGAACCACGAAGAGGCUGAUAUUAAUUACAGUUCUCAAUCAUUCUAAAUGGUAAACAGUUAGUUACAGUAACUAAGCUGUUAUUUAUGGAAAUACCUGGACAAAAUACACAUUUUAUUACUUUUGUACAAAAAUAAAAACUUUAUUACAGA